AGGGAGGCACCAUGAAGUCCCUGCUCCUGCUGACCCUCCUGGCCCUGCUCACCCUCGGCCUCUGCCGCAGAGCUGCCCAUGGCUCUGCCAGCACCAAGGACUCGCCCAGCUCCGAAGCCUUUGUGUCCAGACGCGCCAGCGCCGAGCUGGUGCCGAGGCAGAAGCGCAACGCCGGCUAUGGCAGCAGCGGCCCCGGAGCCCCCCCGGACCCGCUGGAGGCCAAGCGCGAGGUGUGCGAGCUCAACCCCGACUGCGACGAGCUGGCGGAUCAGAUCGGGCUGCAGGAAGCGUACCGGCGCUACUACGGGCUGGUGUGACCCCAGCCGUGCCUGGGGAGGGGGCUGAGCUCCAGAAACCUCCCCCGUCAGCCCCCCAGCCCUACACUGCACCC